AUGAUAUCGGAUGAGUAUGAACAACUUUCUAGUGAAGCAUUGGAGGCGGCUCGUAUCUGUGCGAAUAAGUAUUUGUUGAAGCACUGCGGGAAAGAUUCAUUCCAUGGACGUAUACGUGUGCAUCCUUUCCAUGUUAUCCGGAUAAACAAGAUGUUGUCGUGUGCCGGAGCUGAUCGUCUGCAAACAGGAAUGAGAGGUGCAUUUGGGAAGCCUCAGGGUACGGUAGCUCGGGUUGACAUUGGCCAAGUUAUAAUGUCAGUUCGUGCCCGCGAUCAGCAUCAAGCUCAAGUGAUUGAGGCUCUGAGACGUGCGAAGAUGAAGUUCCCAGGUCGACAAAAGAUAGCCGUGUCACGUAACUGGGGUUUCACGAAAUGGCCACGUGUUAGUUUCCAGGAGAUGCGUGCUAAGGGUCAGUUGGUGUCGGAUGGCGUUGGCGCAAAAUAUAUCCCUGCUCAUGGCCCCCUAGAACAAUGGAAGAAUUCACAAGCACGUCUAGCUGGAAUAAACGUGUGA